GUCGCUAGAGCGGAAGCCGGAAGUACAUUGCGGGAAGCACUUCAUUGUUCACCGCCAAGCUGUCAGUAUGGUGAAACUAACUUACAAGAAAAGGGCUGAGUUUUGAAAAUGACACAGGCUCUAAAAAGCUUGGAAGCCCUGCAACUUUUGGCAGGAAUUGUGGUUAGCAGGACCUCAGCGGCUCACUGCUCCUAAAUGGAAGUUGGCUCUUUGGGUCCUCCAGCCUGAGCUAGAACAGACGUCUCUAUGGUCAAGUAAGCCGCACGAGUGCUGUUUUCCUCACGUGGUGGGGUUGCGCAUGAUCAGUAGCUGCUACACCGGGAAGAUGGCGGAGCAAGAGCAAAGAAAAAUCCCUUUGGUUCCAGAAAAUCUCCUGAAAAAGAGGAAGGCUUAUCAAGCCCUCAAAGCCACUCAGGCAAAGCAGGCACUUUUGGCAAAGAAGGAGCAGAGGAAAGGAAAAGGGCCCAGGUUUAAGCGAUUGGAAUCAUUCCUGCAUGAUUCCUGGCGGCAGACACGUGACAAGGUGCGUGUCAGACGACUAGAAGUGAAGCCUCACGCCUUGGAAUUGCCAGAUAAACAUUCUUUGGCCUUUGUUGUACGCAUCGAAAGGAUUGAUGGUGUGAGUUUACUGGUGCAGAGAACCAUUGCAAGACUUCGCCUAAAGAAAAUUUUUAGUGGUGUCUUUGUAAAAGUCACUCCCCAGACCCUAAAAAUGCUACGUAUAGUGGAACCUUAUGUGACCUGGGGAUUUCCAAAUCUGAAGUCUGUCCGGGAACUCAUUUUGAAACGUGGACAAGCCAGGGUCAAGAAUAAGACCAUCCCUCUGACAGACAACACUGUGAUUGAGGAGCACCUGGGGAAGUUUGGUGUCAUUUGCUUGGAAGACCUCAUUCAUGAAAUUGCCUUCCCGGGGAAGCAUUUCCAGGAGAUCUCAUGGUUCUUGCGCCCUUUCCACCUCUCAGUGGCCCGUCAUGCUACCAAAAAUAGAGUGGGCUUCCUCAAGGAGAUGGGCAAACCUGGCUAUCGGGGUGAACGCAUCAAUCAGCUCAUCCGCCAGCUGAACUAGAAUCAGGUGCCAAACUGCAACAAAUUUUUAUCAAUGAAGUGGAAGCAUGUGUUUUUGGUUUUGGAGAAUUUGUAUCAAGGAUCUUCAGAGAAGAUUAUUUCCUGUUCUAUCUUUAAAAACUGGAAAGGAAGGGUCAAAGAAAAGACAGUAGCUGGCCAGG